GUGGGCACUGGUGGGUGGCACUGGUGGGCACAGGUGGGUGGGCACAGGUGGGUGGCACUGCUGGGCACAUGUAGGUGGCACUUAUGGGCACAGGUGGGUGCACUGCUGGGCACAGGUGGGUGCACUGAUGGGCACGGGUGGGCGGAGCUAGUGGGCGCACUGCUGGGCGGAACUUGCGGGUGGCACUGCUGGGCACCGAUCAUCAGGGCACUGAUCAUCAGUGCCCUGAUGAUCGGUGCCGAUCCCCGCUCUGACAACUGCCAGUUCUCGGCAGUACUUUCCUCACGAUCUGACAGCGUGAGGAAAGUGCAGCCGAGAACCGGCGCUUGC